GGAAUAGGUUCACCUAGUGUUUACCACGCUGUUAUAGUGAUCUUCUUGGAGUUUUUUGCUUGGGGACUCCUAACAGCACCCACUCUGGUGGUUCUGCAUGAAACCUUCCCAAAACAUACAUUUCUAAUGAAUGGUCUAAUUCAAGGAGUAAAGGGCUUAUUAUCAUUCCUCAGUGCCCCACUCAUAGGUGCCCUGUCUGAUGUGUGGGGACGAAAGUCCUUCUUGCUGCUAACAGUAUUUUUUACUUGUGCUCCAAUACCACUAAUGAAGAUCAGCCCGUGGUGGUACUUCGCUGUUAUCUCUGUCUCUGGAGUUUUUGCAGUGACGUUUUCUGUGGUUUUUGCAUAUGUAGCAGACAUAACCCAAGAACAUGAGAGAAGCAUGGCCUAUGGUUUGGUGUCAGCAACUUUUGCGGCAAGUUUAGUUACCAGCCCGGCUAUUGGUGCCUACCUUGGUCGAGUCUACGGAGACAGCCUGGUUGUGGUCCUAGCGACAGCAAUAGCCUUGUUAGACAUCUGUUUUAUUCUUGUUGCUGUACCAGAAUCACUGCCAGAGAAGAUGAGGCCAGCAUCCUGGGGAGCACCCAUUUCAUGGGAACAGGCUGACCCUUUUGCAUCGCUGAAGAAAGUCGGCCAGGAC